AUGCCGGGCUCCACUGAAUAUGCGACAGGCGCAACGGCAGACCCUGAGGUCGGCUACCCCAAAGGCCAUCUCGGCCACCUCACAGAAAGCGAGAACAAAGCUCUUUCGGAAUUCAAGGUCAUCAUAGCAGAGAAUGGACUCUAUACACCAGGCCCUCCUCCAUCACACGACGACCAGACUCUGCUACGAUUCCUACGAGCCCGUCGUUGGGUGCCGCGGGAUGCUUUCAAGCAGUUUAAAGAGACGGAAGAAUGGCGGUCUACGACAAGAUUAGAUACUCUUUACGAAACGAUCGAGCUGGACUCAUACGAGCAGAGCCGUAUAAUGUACCCGCAAUGGACAGGACGCAGAGAUAAGAGGGGCAUGCCGGUAUACCUAUUUGAGAUCAAGGAGCUGGACAGCAAGGCUGUAGCUGCCUACGAAAAGGGAGCCGACGACACAUUCAGCCGCGCGCAUGCCGACGGCUCGACCCCUCCGAAACUACUGCGCCUGUUCGCCCUCUACGAAAACCUCACCCGCUUCGCCCAGCCGCUAUGCACCGAGAUGCCCGACAGGCCCCACCCUCAGACGCCAAUAACGAUGAGCAAUAAUAUCGUGGACGUCUCGGGCGUCAGUCUACGGCAGUUCUGGAACCUCAAGGCGCACAUGCAGGCCGCUAGCACGCUCGCUACCGCACACUACCCUGAGACUCUGGAUCGCAUCUUCGUCAUCGGCGCACCCUUCUUCUUCUCCACGGUGUGGGGCUGGAUCAAGAGGUGGUUCGACCCCAUCACGGUUUCCAAGAUCUUCAUCCUGAACCAGUCCGAGGUCUUCCCCGUGCUGAGCUCCUUUAUGGAAGUUGAGAAUAUCCCAAAGCAGUACGGCGGGAAGCUCGACUUUAACUGGUGCGACCAGCCCAACCUGGACCCGGCCAUCAAGGCGCGCGCUACCUGGGAGCCAGGAUUCGACACGUUCCCAGAGGGCCCAGUUCUGUGGAAGGUUUUGGACGAGGAGCGCCUCGAGUGCGUCGCCGUCGGUUCCGUUAACCACAAGCAGCGCAACGUACGCGUUUGCACAAUGCCGCGGUCUUUCAAGGGAGUCGUGUCGAGCAAUCAACCUUACCACAAGACAAAGGCAACAGCACCCGCUUCGGACAUUUCAGCCGUUGAGAGUGGUGUGCAGAAGCUCAGUGUUCAAGAGGCAGAUACAGAUGCGGCAGCUGCCUCUACGACCAAAGAGGAGAUUAUUGCCGAGAAGGGGGCUAGUGCGGUCGAUACCUCUCCUGCCGCGUCCGCAAAGGCCGCGUGA